AAGAGACUGAUUCUAGGGAGAGAGAGAGAGAGAGAGAGAGAGAGAGAGAGGGCCAACAAACCCUAUAUUGUUUCUGACUGAGUUCAAGAAAUUAUUUAUUUGUUGGAUUUUUGACUCUCAGAUCUUGAAUAACCUCACUAAUUCAAACCAUUAAUUACACAGAGGUCAGUUUCAAGUUUCGGUUUCGUUUUCCUUUUGUAUAUGCAUGCAUAUACAGUUGCAUAUUGAUCACACCUUCGCUUUCCCUGUUGCAAUGCGUUAUAUGAAUAUCAAUGUAUGCAGUUUCGGUUUGUGUUGAUAGAUCUUGUCAUGAAGCAAAAGCAUCUUCUUGUUGUAUUGAACAAACGAGUUUCUGUUUGGCUAUAUGGAUCUGUUAAUUUCGUUGAUUCUGAACUUCUUAGUUUAUUAAUCUGAUUUACUUCGAUAUAACCAUUACAAAUCUUGGAUAAUUAUCUAAGGCAAUCUCGCGUCUUCGCUAGGAUUGUGAUUUUGAAGAUAUUGUAUUGGAAAUUGUUUGAGAAUAUUGGCAAGGAUGAUGUCCAGAUCUUAUACCAAUUUAUUAGAUCUAGCAUCAGGGAAUUUCCCGGUAAUGGGGCGGGAUAAAGAAAGGAAACGGCUUCCUCGGGUAAUGACUGUUGCCGGGGUUAUUUCAGAGCUUGAUGACGAUCAAACUAAUAGUGUGGCAUCGGAUGGGCCAUCUUCGGUACUUGUAGAGCGAGUUAUUAUUGUGGCUAAUCAGCUUCCUGUGAAAGCUAAGCGUAGACCGGACAAUAAGGGCUGGAGUUUUAGCUGGGAUGAGGAUUCAUUGUUACUGCACAUAAAGGAUGGUUUCCCAGAUGAUAUGGAGGUUAUUUAUGUUGGCUCUUUGAAAGUUGAAGUAGAUUUGAGCGAACAAGAUGAUGUGUCACAGCUGUUGUUGGAGAGAUUUAAGUGUGCCCCGGCUUUCCUGCCCCCAGACAUCUUGGCAAGGUACUAUCAUGGUUUCUGCAAGCAGCAUUUGUGGCCACUCUUCCAUUACAUGCUCCCGUUCUCUGCAAGUCAUGGAGGUCGAUUUGAUCGGUCCUUGUGGGAGGGAUAUGUGGCAGCGAAUAAGAUGUUCUCCCAGAAGGUUAUUGAGGUGAUAAACCCAGAGGAUGACUAUGUCUGGAUUCAUGAUUAUCAUUUAAUGGUUCUGCCAACCUUCUUAAGAAGGCGCUUCAAUAGAUUGCGAAUGGGGUUCUUUCUCCACAGUCCAUUUCCUUCAUCAGAAAUAUAUAGGACUUUGCCCGAGAGGGAAGAGAUUCUCAAGGCACUUCUAAAUUCAGAUGUUAUAGGCUUUCACACAUUUGACUAUGCACGGCAUUUCCUUUCUUGUUGUAGCCGGAUGCUGGGUAUAGAGUACCAGUCAAAAAGGGGUUAUAUUGGUCUGGAGUACUAUGGAAGAACCGUGGGAAUAAAGAUCAUGCCGGUUGGUAUUCAUAUGGGGCAGAUAGAACAUGUACUGAGACUUGCAGAUAAGGAUUGGCGGGUGGCAGAACUCAAGCAGCAGUUCAAGGGGAAAACCAUUUUGCUUGGGGUUGAUGAUAUGGACAUCUUUAAAGGAGUCAAUCUAAAACUUUUGGCAAUGGAACAAAUGCUAAAACUGCACCCAAAGUGGCAGGGAAAGGCAGUACUAGUGCAGAUUGCAAAUCCUGCUCGGGGGAGUGGGAAAGAUAUUGAGGAAAUACAGGCUGAAAUUCAGGCAAGCUGCAAGAGAAUCAAUGAGAAUUUUGGACAGCCUGGUUAUGAACCAAUUGUCUUCAUUGAUAGGCCAGUUUCACUCAGUGAACGAACUGCAUAUUAUAAUAUUGCUGAAUGUGUUGUUGUCACAGCUGUAAGGGAUGGUAUGAACCUUACCCCAUAUGAGUACAUUGUGUGUAGGCAGGGGAUAUCUGGUUCUGAUUCUAGUUCAGAAACAAAUGGGCCAAAGAAGAGCAUGUUAGUAGUAUCAGAGUUUAUUGGAUGUUCUCCUUCACUUAGUGGUGCCAUAAGAGUCAACCCAUGGAAUAUUGAAGCGACUGCUGAAGCAUUGAACGAGGCAAUUUCAAUGGCUGAUGCUGAACAGCAGUUGCGUCAUGAGAAGCACUAUAGGUAUGUUAGCACACAUGAUGUAGCAUACUGGUCAAGAAGCUUCUUCCAAGAUAUGGAGAGAACUUGCAGAGACCAUUUCAGACGACGGUGUUGGGGAAUUGGCUUGAGUUUUGGUUUCAGAGUUGUAGCACUUGAUCCUAAUUUCAGAAAACUGUCCAUUGAUGUGAUUGAAUCUGCUUAUACAAAAGCCAAAAAUAGGGCCAUAUUGUUAGAUUAUGAUGGUACUGUGAUGCCUCAAACAUCUGUUGACAAGACUCCCAGUCAGGAGGUUAUAUCAAUUAUAAACUCACUCUCUGGUGACGUUAACAAUACUGUUUUUAUAGUCAGUGGACGUGGAAGGGCUAGUUUAGAUAAGUGGUUUUCUCCAUGCAAGAAACUUGGUAUUGCAGCUGAACAUGGAUACUAUGUGAGAUGGUCUUCAAAUAAGGAAUGGGACAUUUAUGGGCAGAGCUGUGACUUUGGGUGGAUACAAAUUGCUGAACCUGUGAUGAAACUAUAUACGGAAGCUACUGAUGGUUCAUUCAUUGAAACAAAGGAGAGUGCACUGGUUUGGCACCAUCGGGAUGCAGAUCCAGGUUUUGGAUCCAGCCAGGCUAAGGAGAUGUUAGACCAUCUUGAAAGUGUGUUGGCAAAUGAACCUGUUGCGGUGAAAAGUGGUCAGUUCAUUGUAGAAGUGAAACCUCAGGCAAUCAGCAAAGGAAUAGUUGCGGAGAAGAUAUUUACAUCAAUGGCUGAAAGUGGAAGACAAGCUGAUUUUGUACUGUGUAUUGGUGACGAUAGAUCUGAUGAGGACAUGUUUGAGAUAAUUGGCCAUGCUCUGAACAGUGGUAUCCUCUCCUCUAAUACAUCGGUGUUUGCUUGUACUGUUGGGCAAAAGCCAAGCAAAGCCAAGUACUAUUUGGACGAUACAACUGAGGUCAUAACCAUGCUCGAAGCUCUAGCUGAAGUUUCAGGUCCUCCACCAACAGAAGCUGGAAGUGGUAGCACCCUUUGAAGGCUCCGGUAGUAGCUUUUCUUGCAUUCAAAUUUCAGUUGACCAGAAUCCCAUCUGAGCCAAAACCGCACAAGUUCUGUUCAUUUUGGAAAGAAAAUUAUGGAAGAGACGUUGUAUGCCUUCUCUUUGAUGGUCAGUUACAGAAUAUUGGCAGACCUGUGAUCCUGUGACUAAAUGGUCACUUUAAAAGAGUUGAGAAUUAAAUUUUACUGGUGAAUAUCAGGAGUUUAUCUACUCAGACAUCUGAAAGGUUAGCAACAUAGAACUGACUUGGCAAGAAAUCGAUGUCCAAAAGGUUAGUGGCACAUCCAUGUAAAGCCCAGUAACCCUACUUGCCACAAUUCACACCCAGUAUAUGAGGCAGUGGCCAUCUUCAAUUUUUAAUGUCUCCCAUUAGUAGCAUGAAAUUGAUAAGCUAACAGUGACAUAAGUAGGCAUUGGCUUGGCUUCUUGUUGGUUGCCUUAUUGAUUCACUGUGGACGGGGAACCCCCACAUUGAGUUUUUUCUCCUUUUUUUUUUUUUUUUUAUCAUCUUUCUAUAUUUGUUAAUCAGCCGAAUUCUUGCAUUAUUUUUAAACUGUAAAUUCUACAGAAGAUUGUAUCUCCAUUAGCCGUUACAAUUGUUAUUGCUUGAAUGAAACCCUGAUAGAAGGAUGCUCCAA